UUUAAAAUUAACUUAUUCGUCGUCUCUUGCUUGCAGAGGAAUCAAAUCUUCACGGGAUCUGCGUCAGCAUCUCUCGAUCUACUUGCUCUCUCUGCCAUGUUGCAGCAAGGAAGUUUUUUUGCUUUUUUAUCAUUUUCUUUCCACUAUAACUACCAGUUGUUCUUGUUACCAUGACGGAGACGCGGACCAGGCCCAGAAGGCGAUCCGGUUUUUCUUUUCAGCGGUGUGGUUGGUCUCCACCGUCUGCCAUGGGUUUUUUCUCGUCGCGCUCGAUGUUCUUGGUCGUGAAUGUUUUUCAUCAUCUCGGCAGCCAAGUUGAGUUUUUGCCCGGCGUCGUCGCGGCGUCCAAAUCUACAAAAACAGACAAGAGUCAAAAGGGCACAGGAAAGGCUAAAUCAGGUACAACGUCGACGGCCAAAAAAGCCAGCGGUAGCAGUGCCUCGCCCUCAAAAUCACCUCCUGGCGCAGCUGAUGAAAGUGAUCAUAUCACCGGGGUCGCAGCAAGAAAUACAAAUAAACCUUUGCAGCCGAAAGUCACCUGGCAGCAGAAUUCCGAUACACUUUUCCUCACGAUCCACACGCCGGGCUGCAAGCAGCAGGCCGAGAACAAAAACUACGCUGCUCUGUCCGCCACAGACAGGGGAAAGAUAAACUUUGCGCGCAUGCCACAAAUUACCGACACGCGCAUCCAGUACCAGUGUGAUAGAGUGGCGGCCCAGGUAUCAAGUGAGGAAGACUUUCAUGGAGCAGGCAAAAAGGGGAAAGACAAUGAAGUUGAUGCAGCAGCUACAACAUCUACUGCCGUGUCGUCCUCUACGCCUGCCACGACAACUCCACCUCCGCGCACCUACAGUCUUGACUUGAAACUACUACGGAAGAUUGCCCCGGCUUCGGCACGAGUUCAAGUGUUCGACAAUAAGGUGCAGAUCAACGUGGACAAACUCGCCAAGGAACCGUGCUGGAAGCACUUGCUCAAGGCUGGCAUUGUCGUCGAAAAAGUUUUGACCGAGAAGAAAAAAAAGCAGGACAAAACGAAAAGUAAAAAGUCGCAAAACAACCAAGCUCCUGGAGGUCGGGUGACCACGAAAAUCAAGAACCCACCGUGGUUGCAGUUCGAGUUUGACCAGUUGUAUGCGGAUGAUUGUCAGCUCCAAAAGGAGCUCUGGCGAGAGACGUAUUUCAAGGAAAAGUAUAAGCACGGUGCGGAGGACGAGAUCAGGAAGUUGCACAAGCACUUUGCGACAGACAUGGAAAAGCUGCCCGUCGACCAGCAAGUCAAAUUUGCCACGUGGAACGCGGCGAUCCAGAAGAUGCGGGAUCGGGCGGUGCCCUAUGAUGAGGUGAAGCCGUUCACGAUUUCUGGUUCUUCUGGAGCUAGUUCUACAUAAGGAUGAGUUCAGUGCCAUGUUGAUGUUCAAAAGACGUCUCAUCUUCGUCUUCCUUGACGUAAAUCUGCAGACCGCACCUUGUAAGUACUUCCAAAAGGAGACAAUCUGCUCGAUAGACGAGCAGCGCCAGUAGUACGGCUAUGAGCCAUACUGCACGACAUUCGUGUGGUAAUACAUG